AUGGCUCGUUGGCUCUUCCUCCCUGCAGCCGCGGCACUUUUGACCACCACGACGCCACGUCUGCGUCAUCCGCGGCUCGCCGCACCGCGCGCCAUCGUCAAAAACACGGCGUCUGAUGCCUUUGGAGAAGACUUCUACGCGCUUCGCUUUGACGGAGUGCGCAGGUUGUACGGCGAGGCCGCGCCGGAGCGGCUGAGGUCCUCGCGAGUGGUGGUCGUCGGCCUCGGCGGUGUGGGAUCGUGGGCUGUCGAGGCGCUCGCACGCUCUGGCGUCGGCGCGCUCGUCCUUGUGGACCUGGAUGAGCUGUGCAUCAGCAACACGAACCGUCAGAUCCACGCCCUCGCUUCGACCGUCGGCCGCUCCAAGGCGCGCGAGCUCGAGCGCCGCGUGGCCGAGAUCAACCCCGACUGCGCGGUGAGCGUACGCGAGCAGUGGGUCCUUGCGGGGGACGCCUCCUCCCUCCUCGCCGAGGAGGCGGCCGUCGCUGCAGAGCGCGGAGAGACGCUCGCGCUGCUGGACGCCGUGGACGGGUACCGCGAGAAGGCGGCGAUGGCGGUCGCUGCGAUCGAGCUCGGCCUGUGCCGCUUGCACGUCGUACUGUGCGGCGCGGCGGGAGGGCGGUCGGACCCGACGCUCGUGCGGGUUGCCGACCUCGUCGACGUGGCGGAAGACGGGCUGCUGCGGUCGGCGUGGGGCGUGCCUUGCGUCUACUCGCUCGAGGUGGCGCAGCGGCAGCCCGACGCAGAGGGAACCCUCUGCGACCGCUUCGGCACCGCGUGCUUCGCGACGGGCGCCUUUGGCUUCGCGGCGGCUGCGGCACUCACCGGCGUCCUCGCGCGCGGAGAGAAGCUUCCGAGGCGGGCGAGGCGGGGGCCUGCUGCCGUGGCGGAGGCGGCACACCGCGGCGGCGGCGGGGAGCUCCCGUCCGAGGAGGCGUCGGGAGGCGAUUUGCCCCUGUACGACUCUCACUGCCACGCCAUCGCCGACGCUGGCGCGCUGCUCGCCGGGCCGAGCUGCGCCGGCGUGUGCCUCGUCUCGUCGGGAGAGGCGGAUUGGGCGCCGGUCGAGGCGGCGGCGAGGACGGGCGCACGGCACGCCCUCGGAGUGCACCCGUGGCAAGCGCACGAGCAGCGCGAGGGGUGGGGCGGGAGGUUGCGCGAGGAGUUGCUGCGCCAGCCGACGGCGGCCGUCGGCGAGGCGGGCUUGGAUCGCGCGCGGAGGGAGAUCCCGUGGGAGGUGCAGCUCGACGCGUUCCUCGUGCAGCUGAGGCUGGCGAGCGAGCUGCGCAGGCCGCUGGUCGUGCACGCCACCGCGCUCGCCCUCUCGCGGCUCGCGGAGGCCGCAGAGGCGAGAGUCUACUUUGGUUUCUCCGAGCGAGCUGCGCGGCUCAAGCGUGCGCCGGCCGCGAUCCAGGCCGUGCCCGCCGAACGGCUGCUCAUCGAGUCGGACGAGCACGCGGCAGACGCUGCGUGCAGGGCGGUGCGCGGGGCGUGCGACAGGCUCGCGGCCGCGCGAGGGUGGAGCCGCGGCGAGGCCUCUGAGCGGACGGCGCGGAACGCGCUCGAGGCUUUCGACCCGAGCGCGUGGAGCAGGACCGUAGCGUUGUGA